AUGUCAAGGCUCAUCACGACUAGCUUUGGCAUUAAUAGGCAGGGAAUCGAUGCCGCCGACGCUAUCUUUUGCGAUUUCUUAGAGACGUUCGACAUCCUCAAAUCUAGAUCCGACUCAGUCCUGCCUGCUUACGCGUGUGGAGAGGGCGCGAAGACCCUCGAAGAUGGACAUGGAGAGCGUCUAACAAUCGACACCGUGUGCCUCCCAGAAAGCCGCGAGCUACUGUCUUGCAAUGAGGGAAAUAGCCAGGUCGAACUGCAAGAUUCUCGAAGGAAUGGGGAAAUUACCGAACAGGCGAAAAUUGAAACUAUUGUCAACGUCGUUAUGCCGAGCGAGCCCUCGGACUUGCAGAAUCAACUGGCUGAGCAAUACCAACUUCCCGCCCCAGGGAGUCGUAACGACGAGCCCCAGGCGACCGACACCAGGAAGUUGAGAGACACUGCGGGGCAUGAUACAUUCGAUGGGCUCACUAGAGUCAUUGUAGAGCCACAGAGUUUUCGAUCUUUGAGCCUCAAGACCGCCUGGGCAAAUUCUAAUGUCACAUUCACCGAUGAGGAACGAAAAGUCUUGAACGUGUUUCGACUAAGACUCAGAAACCACAACACCGCAUUCCAUGCCAAAUUCGGACGCCAAUUUCCAGUCAUCCUACUGUCUCUGGUUUCUAUAGAGCCCAGUUGGUGGCAACAGCUUCGCAUACUUUCGCUAUCUAAACCCGCCUCCAAUACCUACAUCUGCAUCUCUGGCCUUGAGCAAUCCGAAGACAUUCGAGCAUUCGACCGUUUAAUGUCCCAGCCAGGCUACAAACAUCUCUACAGUCCCUUGAAGCUGUGUUACGAGAACAUGAAAAUUACUCGCCCAGCUGUGCCUGGAUCGUAUGACAUUGAUCCCUCGUUCACAGGAACUCUGUGCGGCAGUUUGGUCACCUUCAAGGAUUCGGAUGGCUCCCCAAGAACAUCGACCAUAGGCGGUCUGGUUGAGCUUGACGGUCAGACAUUUGGGUUAACAACAAGUCACCGUCCGCAAGACGAAAGCAUCGCGAACAGCGAAAAGGAUGUCCCGUCUUUGGCUGACCUCAUUACGGAAUUUGCGAAUGAGGAACCUGAAGACGAUGAAUUGUUACAGCCCGGAACGCCUGAAUCGUUGAAAAUGUCAUCUAAGCAUCUUCGAGCAGACGAAACUCUCGAUUCUCCCAAUAUUGGGCCUACGUUUAUCUCCAAGCCGGUGAUUCCGGUUCUUGGGUUAUACGAGAGAGCGACAGCAGCCUCUUGGGCAUGGUGA